GGGCAGCUGAGGCCGGGUUCCGGGUGGUCCACCAGCCAAUUACCUGGCCCUUGCCUGCCCCCCUUUCUUCCCGGUGGCCACCAUUGGAUCGCAGGAGCUGCCGUGGCCUGACUCAGCCAAUAUGGAGGGGGGUGCUGGGACUGUCCCCUGUGAACACUUUGAGGCCAACGUGCUUGCCCAGGGUUGCUGUCAAAACUGCUUUCACCCCGAGGAGGCCCACAGAGCGAGGAGCCAGGAGCCGGGGAGCCCUCCAGGUGCUGAGGUGCCUUACUGCGACCUGCCUCGCCGCCUGCCUGUCUCUGAGGGUCCUCUCGGUUCCUCGACCUCCGGCUGCCAGUCCGUGGUGGGCCUGGGCCUUGGGCCAGGGCCAGAGAGGGGCCCGUCAGCAGGGUCCUCUGCAGAGGGCCCCACAGCCGCCCCCAGGAGCCAGGGCCAAGAGGCAGUGCCCUACCUGGAGGGUCUGGCCUCCUCCCUGAGCGGCAGCUUCGACGAAGGCCCCGACUCCGGCACCAGCUCCAGCCCUGAGUGCAACACCCCUGAUGAUCCCAGCGACUCGUCCUCCGUGGACUGGGACACUGUUGAAAGGCAGGAAGAGGCUCCCAGCUGGGACGAGCUCACCGUGAUGAUCCCAAGGAAGCCCCAGGAGGGGCCCAGAGCUGACAGUGCCCGAAGGGUUCCAUGUCCCGUCACCCGGGCGCCUGCGGGGGGAGAUACCGCAGGCCAGAGAAAGGAAGACACCUGCAGCGGGAGCCGAAGUGCUGGUCAGCACUGGGCCAAGCUCCGGGGAGAAAGUGGAUACUUCUUGGAGCAGCACCGCUCAGCGCUGACCCAGGCUUCCUGUGCAACGCCACAGAGCGGACCUCGAAGUGCCACCCCCCAGGCUUCCUCUCUCCAUCGUUCUACCCAAAGGGACGUUAUCCAGACUGCUUCCACGCAGCUCGCUAACCCCCGAGCCUCCUCUCCCCCACAAAUCACCCAACGGGACAACCCCAGGACCUCUUUCACACAGCAAAACACCCCCAGCGCAUCCUCUCCUUCAAGACUUGCCCAACGGGAUAACCCCAGAGCCUCCUCUCCCAACAGAACCACUCCACGGGACAACCCGAGGACAUCCUGUGCCCAACGGGACAACGCCAGAGCGUCCUCUCCCAACAGAACCACUCCAAGGGACAACCCCAAGACAUCCUGUGCCCAACGGGACAAUCCCAGAGCCUCUUCUCCCAACAGAACCACCCAACGGGACAACCCCAGGACAUCCUGUGCCCAACGGGACAAUCCCAGAGCUUCCUCUCCCAACAGAACCACUCCACGGGACAACCCCAGGACAUCCUGUGCCCAACGGGACAAUGCCAGAGCGUCCUCUCCCAACAGAACCACUCCAAGGGAAAACCCCAAGACAUCCUGUGCCCAACGGGACAAUCCCAGAGCCUCUUCUCCCAACAGAACCACCCAACGGGACAACCCCAGGACAUCCUGUGCCCAACGGGACAAUCCCAGAGCCUCCUCUCCCAACAGAACCACUCCACGGGACAACCCCAGGACGUCCUGUGCCCAACGGGACAAUCCCAGAGCCUCCUCUCCCAGCAGAACCACUCCACGGGACAACCCCAGGACGUCCUGUGCCCAACGGGACAAUCCCAGAGCCUCCUCUCCCAACAGAACCACCCAACGGGACAACCCCAGAGCCUCCUCUCCCAACAGAACCACUCCACGGGACAACCCCAGGACGUCCUGUGCCCAACGGGACAAUCCCAGAGCCUCCUCUCUCAACAGAACCACUCCACGGGACAACCCCAGAACAUCCUGUGCCCAACGGGACAACGCCAGAGCCUCCUCUCCCGACAGAACCACCCAACGGGACAACCCCAGAGCCUCCUCUCCCAACAGAACCACUCCACGGGACAACCCCAGGGCAUCCUGUGCCCAACGGGACAAUCCCAGGACCUCUUCUACCCAAAAGGACAACCUGAAAACCUCUUGUACCCAAUGGAACAACCUCAGAACCUCUUCUACUCAACGAGACUACCCGCAAUCUUCCUCUCGGCGGGACAACCCUGGAACUUCCUCCCCUCGAUGCUCCACUCAACGGAACAAUCCCCGGAAUGCUUCUCCCCAUCGUACUAACAAAGAUAUCCCCUGGGCCUCCUUUCCCCUUCGCCCAACCCAGAGUGAAGGCCCCCGAACCUCCUCCCCAUCUCGCUCCAAGCAAAGUGAGGUCCCCUGGGCAUCCAUUGCCCUUCGGCCAACCCAAGGUGACAGGCCUCAGACCUCAUCUCCCAGUAGGCCAGCUCAACGUGACGCACCCUUGUCCUCCUCUGGAUCUACUCAGUAUCGCCCACCACCCCGGGCCACUUCCUCUUCCCAUAGCCUGGGCCACCACAGUGCCUCCCGGACUUCUUCACCUCUGUACCCUGCUACCCGCGGGGCACCCCAGACCUCUUCUGAGCCCUCCCAGCCUCCAUGUUCUGUGUGUAUUGGGCAUCGGGAUGCUCCUCGAGCUUCUUCCCCUCCUCGCUAUUUGCAACAUGACCCCUUCCCUUUCUUCCCAGACCCCCGUGCAUCUGAGAGUGAAUCACCCCACCACAACCCCCCCUAUAUACCUCCAGCUGUGUGCAUCGGACACCGGGAUGCCCCCCGGGCCUCCUCACCCCCCCGCCACGCCCAGUUUGAUCCCUUUCCCUUCCUCCCAGACACAUCAGAUGCUGAGACUCAGUCCCCCCAGCACGAUCCUCCUCAGUUCCCCCCACCUGUAUGUAUCGGGUACCGUGAUGCACCCCGGGCCUCCUCCCCGCCGCGCCAGGCCCCAGAGCCCUCCCUCCUGUUCCAGGAUCUCCCCAGGGCCAGCACCGAGAGCCUUGUCCCCUCCACAGACUCUCUGCACGAGCCCCCCCACAUCCCCACCCCUGUGUGCAUUGGGCACCGGGAUGCCCCCUCCUUCUCAUCCCCACCACGCCAGGCCCCUGAGCCCUCCCUUUUCUUCCAGGAUCCCCCAGGGACUAGUAUGGAGAGCCUGGCCCCCUCCACCGACUCUCUGCAUGGCUCCCCAGUGCUGCCCCCCCAAGUGUGCAUCGGACACCGGGAUGCACCUCGAGCCUCCUCCCCGCCCCGCCACCCCCCCAGUGACCUAGCGCUCCUGGCAUCCUCACCUCCGCCGGGCAGCUCCGGGGGCUCCCGGGGCUCGGCGCCCCCUGGGGAGACCAGGCACAACUUGGAGAGGGAGGAGUACAGCAUGCUGGCCGACCUGCCCCCGCCCAGGAGGCUGGCGCAGAGGGAGCCAGGCCCCCAGUGCGGCAACGGGGGCCGUACCCGCAGCCCUGGCCGUGCAGAGGUGGAGCGCCUCUUCGGGCAAGAGCGCAGGAAGUCCGAGGCGCCGGGGGCCUUCCAGGCCCGGGACGAGGGGCGGUCGCAGCGGCCCAGCCAAGGUCAGAGCCAGCUUCUCCGAAGACAGUCCAGCCCUGCCCUCAGCAGGGAGGUAACCAAGCCCCUUGCGAAGCAGGCAGAACCGGCCCGGCGGAGCCAAGCGGAGCCCCCUCAUCCCAGGAGCCCCGAGAGGCGGCCUGAAGGGGACCGGAGGCUCCAGGGGUCCUCACUGCCCCCGAGGACAUCAGCCCGGACCCCUGAGAGGGAGCGGCGGCCAGAAAGAUCUCUGGAAAGUGGCCGGGCAGGCCCAAGACAGCCUCCGGGGGGCCGGCAGAGUCAGGAGGAGUCUCCAGGUGCCCAGGGCCCUCACAAAUACCUGGAGAGAGGCUGGGGCAGCCUGCCAGAGCUGUGUCCUCACCAGCCUACGAGCCCCCCAGAGAGCUCCAGGAUAGGCCCCGAGACCCCCACCACCACGGGCCCGGGUGCUGAGGGAACAUGCCCACACCGGCAUAGCCCUGAGAGGCGACCCGAGCUUGACUGGAGGGACCUCGUGGGCCUCCUCGGGGCACUCCGAGAGGGGGCCUGGGCCUGCAUGGAGGCGUCGACGCUCGCCUCCCGUCUUCCCAGGCUAGACUGGGAAGGCCUCCUAGAGCUCCUGCAGGCCCGGCUGCCCCGCCAGGACCCAGCUGGACACGGGGGUACGCUGGCCACGGCUUCGGGGCCAGAGGUGGGUUCCCCCGCCACAAACGGUACCCUGGAGCGAGAGCGACAGGGCCAGCCGGACGGCUGGGUGGAGGCCACCCUAGCCAACGGACAGAAAGCUGGGCCGUGGCCCCAGAGCUCUGCCCAGCCACCCAGCCCUGACUACGUCUCCACCCAGUGGCCAAAGACCAAAGUGACACGUGGACCGGGGACCUCCACUACGGCUAGUCUGGAGGAGAUGGGCCAGCCGGGGAGCAGGAGCCCUGCAGAGGGUCCCAGCUUGCCAGAGUGGGAGUUCCAAUCAGAGGAGCCUGAGGAAUCAGAACCAAGCAAAGGCCAAGACUCACUGACCGACCAGAAGCAGGCAGAUUCGGCAGACAAGAGGCCAGCGGAGGGCAAGGCUGGGAGCCCACUCAGGGGCCGACUGGUGACCUCAUGGCGGAUGCCCGGGGACGUUCCCACGCUGUUCAAUCCGUUCCUGCUGUCUCUGGGGGUCCUCAGGUGGCAAAGGCCCGAUCUGCUCAACUUCAAGAAGGGAUGGAUGUCGAUCUUGGACGAGCCUGGGGAGUGGAAGAAGCAUUGGUUUGUGCUGACAGAUUCGAGCCUUAAGUACUACAGGGACUCCACCGCAGAGGAGGCAGAUGAGCUGGAUGGCGAGAUCGACCUGCGCUCCUGCACAGAUGUCACCGAGUACGCGGUGCAGCGCAACUAUGGCUUCCAGAUCCACACCAAGGAUGCUGUCUACACCUUGUCGGCCAUGACCUCGGGUAUCCGGCGAAACUGGAUCGAGGCUCUGAGGAAGACCGUGCGGCCAACCUCUGCCCCGGAUGUCACCAAGCUCUCGGACUGCAAUAAGGAGAACACGCCGCACGGCACCCAGAAGGGCUCCCUGAAGGCGGGGGAGCAGCGGGUGGGCUCUGAGGUCAUCGGUCGGGGCGGCCCGCGGAAGGUGGACGGGCAGCGGCAGUCCCUGGACUACGUGGAGCUCGCCCCGCUGACUCAGGGCUCCCCGCAGCGGGCCCGCACCCCGGCCCGCGCUCUCGACCGCCCGGCCAAGCAGGAGGAGCUGGAGCGGGACCUGGCGCAGCGCUCCGAGGAGCGUCGCAAGUGGUUUGAGGCCACGGACGGCAGGCCCGUGGAGACGCCGACCGGCGAGGCGCCGCGCCGGGGCCUGGGGGCCCCCCUGACCGAGGACCAGCAGAGCCGCCUCAGUGAGGAGAUUGAGAAGAAGUGGCAGGAGCUGGAGAAGCUGCCCCUGCGGGAGAACAAGCGGGUGCCUCUCACCGCCCUGCUCAACCAAAGCCGCGGGGAGCGCCGCGGGCCCCCGCGUGACAGCCGCGAGGCGCUGGAGAAGGAGGUGCAGUCUCUCCGCGCCCAGCUGGAGGCAUGGCGCCUUCAAGGAGAGGCCCCUCAGAGUGCACCCAGGCCCCAGGAGGACAGCCAUAUCCCCCCGGGCUACAUCUCGCAGGAGGCGUGCGAGCGCAGCCUGGCCGAGAUGGAGUCCUCGCACCAGCAGGUGAUGGAGGAGCUGCAGCGGCACCACGAGCGGGAGCUGCAGCGGCUGCAGCAGGAGAAGGAGUGGCUCCUGGCCGAGGAGACGGCGGCCACGGCCUCGGCCAUCGAAGCCAUGAAGAAGGCCUACCAGGAGGAGCUGAGCCGGGAACUGAGCAAGACACGGAGUCUCCAACAGGGUCCAGAUGGCCUUCGCAAGCAGCACCAGUCGGACGUGGCGGCGCUGAAGCGGGAGCUGCAGGUGCUGUCGGAGCAGUACUCGCAGAAGUGCCUGGAGAUCGGGGCCCUGACGCGGCAGGCCGAGGAGCGUGAGCACACGCUACGGCGCUGCCAGCAGGAGGGCCAGGAGCUGCUGCGCCACAACCAGGAGCUGCACGCCCGCCUGUCAGAGGAGAUCGACCGGCUGCGCGGCUUCAUUGCCUCGCAGGGCACCAGCGACGGCUGUGGACGCAGCAGCGAGCGGAGCUCCUGUGAGCUGGAGGUGCUACUGCGGGUGAAGGAGAACGAGCUCCAGUACCUGAAGAAGGAGGUGCAGUGCCUCCGGGAUGAGCUACAGACGCUGCAGAAGGACAAGGAGCGCUUCACUUCGGGAAAGUACCAGGAUGUGUACGUAGAGCUGAACCACAUCAAGACACGGUCAGAGCGGGAGAUCGAGCAGCUGAAGGAGCACCUGCGCCUCGCCAUGGCUGCGCUGCGGGAGAAGGAGUCGAUGCGCAACAGCCUGGCCGAGUGAAGGUCCUGGUGGCCCAGCCCCGCAGCAGACGCCCCCAGACUGAGGGGACCAGUCAGUCGCCCUCCUUCCUGCUGGAUGGAAGUCAGAAGCCAAGCUUUCUCCCCGCCCGCUGUGGGCCGCACGUGCACUCGUCCCCACCACACACGCACACAGGUGCACACACGCGCACACACACGCGCACACACACACACACACACACACACACACACACACACUCUGCGUAUCUGAGCGCGCCCCUCGCACUGGGUCUUACCUUUUGCACCUUCUUCAGGAUUUUAUAUGUGAAGAGAUUUUUAUAUAGAUUUUUUUUCCUCCCCCCCCAACACUUUAUACUUUGAAAAACACAAUUCCUGGACGCUGGCUCCCCCUCUGUCUCCAGCCACGGGGGGCUCAGGCUUCUGGGCCCGUGGCCCUGCCCCAGGGGGUGGGGGGGGGCGUCCAGCAGGGGCGCAGCAGCGGCCACGGCAGCGUUGACUCUGGUGGGAGAGGCAGGGAGCCAGCCAGCCACCCUCUUCCUACCCUACCUCCCACUAACUACUUCCUGCCCCGAGGGGACCCACACCUUGGGACUCUGGACAGAGGGACAGAUGGGCAGAGGGAGCCGGCAGCUCCCUAAGGCUUCACCUCCUCCUCUGAGGGGGUGCUGGGCACGGAACCACUGGAGCCGCCCCAUGAAGGCGUUUCUCUUCUGCUCCAUGAGCCUUCUUAACUUAAUAAAAUAUUCCCGUGGC